AGGAGCUAGAGGAUCGGUGGCGGGAGGAAGAGAAGGCGAGUCGUUUCUGGGCUCCUGCAAGAGUCGAAGCAGCAGCAGCUGGUGGAUGAAGAGGAUACUAAUAAGAGCACGCCGGACAACUAGGAAUAACCAGCAACUUUGAAAAUUAAACCAAAUUGAGCCAAAAAGUACACAGUAAUGCAGGCCUUGCCCAGUGAGGAAGAAAACAGUAGCUUGAAUUAAAGCUCCAUGCAACAAAAGCUCCAUAGAUGUGCUUGUGGGAAAAGCAUACAUAGGAAAUCACAUAUUAUGCAUAAGAGGAUCCACACUGGAGGAAAGCCAUACAAAUUAUAUGGGAAAAUAUUUAGUUAGAUCAGCUGCCUUGCGGUUAAUCGAAGGACCCACACAGGAGACAAGCCCUGUAACUAUUCCCAAUGCAGUAAAUGCUUUUGCAAGCAGGACAACUUGAUGAUACAUCGGAGAAUUCGCAUGGGAAAACAAUUGAAUGUGCUGAUUGUUUGAAAACUUUCCGUCAGUAUUCCAACCUGGUGGUACAUUGGAGGAUGCACACAGGAAAGAAAUCAGAUAACUGUCUUGAUUGUGGUAAAAGUUUCAUUACAAAUUCUCAGCUGGUGAUACACAAGAGGACUCACACAGGAGAGAAACGCUUUGAAUGUCCUGUUUGUGGGAAAUGUUUCACUCGGAAUUCUAGGCUGGUGGCACACCAGAGGACACACCCAGGAGAGAAACUCUUUGAAUGUUCAUAUUGUGGGAAAUGUUUCACUCGGAAUUCUAGGCUGGUGGCACACAAGAGUACUCACACGGGAGAGAAACCCUUUGAAUGUUCAGAUUGUGGGAAAUGUUUCACUCGGAAUUCUAGGCUGGUGGAACACCAGAGGACUCACACAGGAGAGAAACCCUUUGAAUGUCCUGAUUGUAGGAAAUGUUUCAGUCUGAGUUCCAGCCUUCUGAGACACCAGAGGACUCACACAAGAGAUAAAUUCUUUGAAUGUCCUGAUUGUGGGAAACGUUUCAGUGAGAAUUAUCGGCUGUUGAACCACCAAAGGACUCACACAGGAGAGAAACCCUUUGAAUGUCCUGAUUGUGGGAAACGUUUCAGUCAGAAUAUAAGCCUGGUGAUUCAUCAGAGGACUCACACAGGGGAGAAACCCUUUGAAUGUCCUGAUUGUGGGAAACGUUUCAGUCGGAAUUCAAGCCUGGUGAUUCAUCAGAGGACUCACACAGGGGAGAAACCCUUUGAAUGUCCUGAUUGUGGGAAAUGUUUCAGUCAUAAUUCCAUCUUGAUGAAACACUACAGGAUUCACACAGGAGAGAAACCCUUUGAAUGUCCUAUUUGUGGGGAAAGUUUCAGACAUAAUUCAAGCCUGGUGGACCACCAGAGGACUCACACAGGAGAGAAACCCUUUGAAUGUCUUGAUUGUGGGAAACAUUUCAGUCGUAAUUCCAACUUGGUGGACCACCAGAGGACUCACACAGGAGAGAAACCCUUUGAAUGUCCUGAUUGUGGGAAACGUUUCAGUCAU